AACAUGGCGGCGCCCACAGAUGCUAAAAAGAGGACACAACCCCCCUGGGAGAGUCCCAGUGGAACAGGCCAACCAAAGCUGCAUCUGUACAACAGUUUGACAAGGCGGAAGGAACCAUUUGUGCCACAGGAUGGGAAAAAAGUCUCUUGGUAUAGCUGCGGACCGACGGUGUAUGAUGCUUCACACAUGGGACAUGCUAGAUCCUACAUAUCCUUUGACAUCUUACGUCGCGUCUUGACGUAUUACUUUGACUACGACAUCCUCUAUGUUAUGAACAUCACAGAUAUCGAUGACAAGAUCAUCAAGCGAGGGCGAACUAACUUUUUAUUUGAACGAUACCUCGGUGAGGCAUUGAGCAUUGAGAGGCGAUUGAGUGACGUCCAAGAGGCAAUGAAGUUGUUUGAUUCUAAGAAAGCUAAGGAAACAAAUCCUGAUAAACAACAGAUGUAUGCUGGCAUAUCCGAUGCAACAACCAAAGCGAUUGAUACGCUACAAAGCGCCCUCAAGAGUCCACAAGGAGAGAGUGAGAAAGAGCAAUUCAGCAAGGCACUACUGGAUGCAGCAAGAGACCCUCUCUGUGAUUGGCUGGAUGCUCAACAUGGGUCAGAGGUCAAGGACAAGUCGAUCUUCUUUAAACUCACGCAGCACUGGGAGAGAGAGUACCAUGAAGACAUGGAGGCUUUGAAUGUCUUGCCAGCUGACGUUCUCACCAGAGUGAGUGAAUACGUACCUGAAGUUAUCACCUUCACCCAAAAGAUUAUCGAAAACGGUUUUGGAUAUGAAUCAAACAGUUCCGUGUACUUCACGACCUCCAAGUUCGACAGCGACCCCAAUCACCACUACGCCAAGCUGGUACCCGAGGCCUUCGGGGACCAGGCAGCCCUCCAGGAAGGAGAGGGGGACCUCUGCAUAUCAAAAGAUCGGCUGAGCGAGAAGAGGUCCGAUAACGACUUUGCGUUGUGGAAGGCGUCAAAGCCCGGAGAGCCAGCUUGGGAUUCACCGUGGGGUCAGGGUCGUCCAGGUUGGCAUAUAGAAUGUUCCGUAAUGGCGAGCAGUAUACUUGGAGAAUCCAUGGACAUCCACACUGGGGGUGUUGAUCUACGAUUCCCUCAUCACGAUAAUGAACUAGCCCAAGCUGAGGCCCACUACUCCAACGACAACUGGGUCCGAUACUUUCUCCACUCCGGCCAUCUGACCAUCGCAGGCUGCAAGAUGUCCAAGUCCCUUAAGAACUUUGUCACGAUAAAAGACGCCUUGAAGCAGUACACGUCUCGUCAGAUUCGUCUUGUUUUUCUACUUCAUUCCUGGAAGGAUACGUUGGACUACUCCAAAGACACCAUGGAGAUUGCUCUACAGUAUGAGAAGACUGUCAGCGAAUUUUUUCUGAAUGUGAAAGCUGUUCUCCGCAGUACCCCCUCAAGCGGGAUUGAAGCUUUUGAAAAGUGGAACGAGCCAGAACUGAAAUUAAACGAACAAUUCCAAAACUGCAGAGCCAGAGUGAACGAGGCACUUUGCGAUUCCAUCGACACCAAAGCGUCAUUAGAGGGUAUGCGUGUCCUGAUUGGCCAGUGCAAUAUCUAUAUGCAAGAAAGACGCUCGGCUAAGGUGGCGCCUAACCGCAUGCUACUGCAGAACACAGCAGCAUUCGUCACAAAGAUGCUCAGGAUUUUUGGUGCAAUAGAAGGUGAUGAACCAAUUGGUUUCCCGAUGAGUGGAGCGGCAAAGAACAGCAAUGUUGAAGAGACUGUGAUGCCUUACCUACAAGUCCUGUCGGAGUUUAGAGAGCAAGUUCGUCAAACUGCUCGGCAGCAAAAAGUGAUAGACAUCUUGAAGUUGUGUGACGCACUGCGAGAUGAAAUCUUACCAGACUUGGGCGUCAGACUUGAAGAUAGAGAGGACGGAGCAGCCGUGGUCAAACUUGUUGACAAAGAGACUAUUCUACGAGAGAGAGAAUUAGCUAAGCAGCAAGCGGAGGAGAAACGGAAAAAGAAAGAAGAAGCCAAGAGGAAGGAAUUGGAGAAGCAAGCGGCAAAAGACGCUCAGAGACGUAUUCCUCCAUCUCAGAUGUUCCUACAAGAAACUUCCAAAUAUUCUGCAUUCGAUGACAAGGGAAUGCCUACCCACGAUGCUGAAGGGAAAGAGUUGAGUGGGAAACUGCUCAAGAAACUUGCCAAGCUCUUCCAGACGCAGGAAAAACUCCACAGCGAGUAUUUGAAAAAUGCUGGAUCAGAAUCAAAUACUGCUUCUAAUCAAUGAGAAACAUAAUUUUAUGUUUAAUAGGCCAUAGCACUAG